AUGCCAGGCACUGACUUCUCUCCAGCUGUGAUGGUGCUGGGUGGCCUCCCCUUGCAGUUCUCUGCAUUGAAAACCUGUUGUUUAGUGCAGCCACCUUCAUUAGCUGCCUUAGCUUCAUCUCCUGGAGCACUUGCAGCAGCCUCUGGGUCAGCUCUUCCCGCCUUACCUUGCACAGAGGGUAAAAAGAAAAUGCAAGACCACCAUGCUGCAUCGGGAUCUCUGAAAGAACGUGAGGAAGACGGUUUCCAAAGGCAGGUGAAGAAAGUACGCGUCCUUGAUGAAAUCAGUGGACAGAGAACUAUGGACACUGAAGGGAAGGUGGACAUGAACGGAUGUGAGCUGGUGGGAAAGCAGCAGCUGUUGGCAGCAAAGGAGGAGGCAAAAUUGGCUGAAGAGGAGACAAGAUGGUAUAAGAUAAGACUUGAAGAAUGUCACGGGCAAAUGCGGGAAGCAGAGAUCAUUUGGAGACACCAGGUCACUCUUGCCGAGAAGAAGGCCCAAGACAGCUCACUCAGGGCUCAGGAGCUGGAGAGGGAAAUCUCUGAAUUGAGAAGGGAAAACUCUGACCUGAGAAGGGAAAACUCCUCUGAGCUGAGAAGGGAAGUUGCCCACCUGAAACAGAGAUUGGAUGCAAUCUGCAGACGGAGGCAGGCAGAGGAAUACAUGAGGCAGGAUCCCACUCCAGGAGGACCGUACAGGCUGCACCCUCCCCUGAGAGGUAAGGAGCGCACUGUGAAGUGCGGCAGCUCCAUUUCUGCAGCAGGAGCCGCCCAACUCAAAACUCUUGCCCAGGAGCCAGUGGGCUACUUCUCCCGAGAGCCCGUCGCGUUGGCUGGUGCCUGCAUGAGCCAUGAGGGAGUGCUUAGGAGCCGGGGCCCGCCGACUUUGACUGUGGGUUUCCCGAAACAGCGUGAGGAGAGUCACCCCGUGGAAUGGAGGGCCCCAAACUUUCCGAGGACCAGCCUGCGUGCCCUGCCCCGGGUGCGGCCCGUCGUCGCCCAGCCGGGCACCUGCACCUGUUCCCCUUAG